AUGACAGCCCUUGGCAGGUAUGUCUGUGGCAAAUGUGGUCUCGGGGGAUAUCACACCCCUCGCCAUGCUAUAUCCAGUUGGCCUCACCGCCAUCAUUUGACCUUCCCACACAUCCACACUCAAACUUUGUUUUUGAUCGUGAUCAUUGAGACCGAUCACUUGGAGUUCAUACUCCUGCCUAAGAACCGACAGCAACCUCACAAGGUUUCCAAGCGCAAUCUUGUGAACAGGGAGCGUUUUAAUGCCAUUUUCUUUUGA